AAAAAAAAAUUUUAAAAACAGUGAGAAAUACCAUUUACUUCAGCAGUUUUAUACCUGUCACACAGUGUAUUUACUUUUGAAUAGCAGUUACAUCACCUAUGUUUUUUUCAAUGUUCUUUAACUUAGCAAAUCCUGGCCUUCAGUGAAUUUGAACACCUGGCUGCACUGUACUAUAAGCCAGGAAAUUGAUGAUGCCAGCAGAGCAAGAGCCGAAUCAGGGGAACUAAACUUAGCUUGGUGUUCAGAUUCUGAACAGUAAUUCAUAUUUACCUUCGUGUUGCAUGGCGCCCAGAAACAGACCUGAUCCAUAACACAUUGCAUUUUCUGUUUUGCUGCAUUAUUCUGUUCAACUUUAUUAUUCUGCUCCAGCCUACAGACGAGCAAUAUCCACUUACACUCUCACUCCUGGAGAGGUCUCAUUUAUGACAAUGGAGUAAUCAGGGCGCCUGAAUUUAAGUACACCCUUCAUCCAAUGCAGUACAAGCACAUUCAAUUAAUUUGGAUGUUAGACUGAUUAUUUCUCCAAUGGAAUUCACUUUGAGGGGGCCUAACUAUAUAUCCAAAUCUCCUUCAAGAUAAUGUCUAACACUACAUUAUUUUUAUGAAAAGGUAGCUGAUUUCGCAAGUAAAAAAAGCUCAACAUAUUAUGCUAGGAAACCAGCUAAAACAUCCAACGUUCCUUUUCCAACAUUUGACUCGAGCUGAGGUUGAACAUUAACAAGGUCUAUUUUCUCUAUUCUCUGCUUGCAUUUGGACCACAUUAAAUAGGAACAAUGUUGUGCCUGCACUGACAUUUGGAGGGAUCCCACUGAUUUUAACGAGAUGAGGAUUUCAGCCUACAUAUCUAAACACCUGACUGUUAUAAAUAUCUCCAAAUUGCCCACACUUUAAUUCUCAAGUGAAGGCUUGUAUUUAUUUCAAUUCUUAACAAAAUUAUAUGUGCCGGAAUAAAUGUCUAAACCUCUGAGGAGAAGAAAGGGAGAAGUAAUUUUACCUGAUACUAGACAGGCACACUGUGGGCAGUUGCAUCUGAACCAGUCUCUCAAUACAUCUGUUACAGGCUAUGGAGAGCAGUGGACAUCCUAGGGUAAAAUUUACCUUAUCCUUUUUUUUACAAAAGUUUUACUUACUAUGAAAUUGAUCACACUGAACAAGUGCCUAUAUCACUGCCUGUACAGAAAAUCCAAGCAUCAGGCUCAUCUGUAAAUAUCUACUUUUUCCUUAGUGAUCUGACUGGUUGCUACCAAAAAUAUGGUCACACUGGAAUACAAAUACAGACAAAACCACAAAACUUUUAUAUAUCAUGUGGUAACAAAACUCAAAAUGCACUUUGAUAAUGUUUUAAAUUGAUAAUCCUCUUCUUUCACUAAUUUUGUUACAUUAUUUCCUUCCAUGAUAACAUCAAGCUCACAAAAGUUGGAAGUAGUCUUCAAAUGAUGGCUUCUUGAAGACCCGAGAAGAAGAUUCACAAUGGAAAGUCUUUUACUGCAUGUGAAACUAUCUCACCGUGAUCUGGUAUUAUAACCAGCUGAAAAUGAAACAUUUGAUGGGUAUGAAUAAAAUCACUGCACCUCUUGACAUUUACUUUUGCUUGAAUUUGGCUCAGAGUUCAAUCCAAGCGACACAAAACCUGUGGUAUUUUUUGUGAUAAUCCCAUCAUUCUCCCUUGGCUCUUUUUAGACACACAGGUGACAAAGCUGCCUGGGCUCCAGCCCUGUGAGCCAAACUCAGAGUCAUUCACAAACUGAACAACCUGACUCACACUACAUUGCAAUCUGAUCCAGGCCCAUGGGAUAUUUCUCAUAUGGUCCACACUAUCGAGAAAAGAUUGAACUACCAACUAGCCACAGUUAUCGGUUGUUUUGAUUGCUUUAGUAGGAAAAAAAAAACAGUUAUGGGUUCAAAAUAGUAAUGAGUAGACCUAAAAUAGGUAUGGAGGCAAUUUGCUUUAUGGUUCCACAAUGAACUCAGUAGUCCAUGCAUGUAUGUACAAACCAGGCAGGGAGAAAUUCACUAAGGCAAUAAAAGAUAAGACUGCUCUUAUUUAACACUAUAUGGAGAACAAGAAAGCACCCCUGACAAAGGGGAAAUAUUCCUGAAGGAAAGAAACGCUGCUUUUUCCUCUUUCUCAGCCGCAGGUUAAUUCCUUACAGCCAAAAAAUGCCCAGAAAUGAAAGCAAGUGUCAGUCUUCAUGCAGCAAAUAGUGAUGAAUUCAGCUAUUGCAACCUAAAUUCUAACAACAAUAGAGAAGCUACAGUGAGCCCAAGAUUGUCAGUCUAAUAUUUUAUCUGGAACUGACUGAAAAUCAAAUGAAUUGGCAAUUAGCAUUUUUCAACAUUAUAGCCUUCAUAAGCAUUAAUUGCUUUGCCUCAGCUUGCAUGGUUUCCUGAAGAAGCAUGCUUCUUAGCUGCAAGUGUCCACUGCUUGUCUAUAAAACAGAAAUAAAAUUUUAAAGUGUUCUUUUUAAAAAUUUAAGACCUUUUAGUCUUUUUCUGAUGUUACCUAAGAAAUAAAAGCUUCUAUUAUACUGCCUAAUUUAUUCAUGGCACACUACUUUUAUAUAUUGAUUAACAUUACCUUUUACAGAACAUUUCAAGUCUGUGUAGCUAAGCAGAAAGCAUAUGAUCUAAAUUAAUUCCAUUUUUAUCAAUGAAUUUUAGUGAAAAAGCACAGGCCUCUGGGCUAUAAAGCCUGAAUGAACUUUUCUCAUGUGCAGAGAUUUCAUUUGAAGUAAAAUGCUGUCCUUUUCCGAAUGACCCUAAAAGUUUGAAUUAAUGCAAAUAUAUUCUUGAUUUACCAGGUUCCCCACUGUAGUAGCUGGUGUUCACUAGAAACUUGAGUUCAGAGAAGAAAUUCACAUGUUUCCCCUGCACAGCCCGAGAGUAAAUGCACCACAAAGCAUCUCUUCCAGUCACCUUGUAAUGCAUGCUUCUCUUGGGUUUAUUUCAUUAAAAAUAUCUGGCAUUAUCAGAACAUAUUGCUAUUUUUAAAGUCAGUAUUUCAGCACAAACCUCCACUUGUUCUGCUAGAAUAUAUAUUUAUUUUUAAACCUAAGGAGGCGGAGUACUGCAAGACAGGGGAAAUGGAAACUUCUGCAUGUAGUGUCUGGUUCUGAAAUUACUUCCUUCAUAAAAUCAUUCAGCUUUAUCAGAUAUUUGGUACUCAAGGUUGUGGGUUUUUUGUAACAGACUGCCAGAACCAGUGCAUCAGAAUGAACCCAGACCAGUCGUUACUCUAACCACAGACUCAUUGCACUAAAAGACAGGCUUGUUAUGGAACCUCUUUAUGUUAAUGAAAAGGUCUAAAUAAUGGGUUGAGUGACAGAUAAAUACUUAAAUAAACACAGGAAAUGUUUCUAUUUUGUUAGUAAGGUUCCUGAAAGAGCAUCUUCAGCUGGCACUGAAGUUUUUGCUGAAAGCACGUAGAAAGAUUCAAUAUGUUCAUCAGGAAACACAGUUUUAAAAAAUCUCCCAAUUACAGAGAGCAGCAGGAGCAAGGAGUACUCUCUGGAGCAUAGGCAGGAUGGACAUUUUACAGCUGACAUUGCUAGACAGACAUACAUGAACCCUUUACUGAGGGACAAAAUAAGCUAUCAAGUGAGGGGAAAAAAUACCUCAGAAAAAAUGUUUAAAAUUUUGUUUGAGCCAAAAAAACUAAUCUCUUAUUGUAUUUAAAGCAUGGUUGGAACAGCACCAAGAUAAAAUAAAGCAAAUAAUCUGUGAAUUAGGACACGAGAAGUUCUAGAGUGAAAACCCAUUCACAAAAUAUCAAAUUGUCUGGUCAAUACAAAACUGAUCUGGUUUUCCUGAAUGAAAACAAAACAAUGGCAAAUUCCAUUAUUAAGUUCUGAGGAGGAAAAAAAACCCAGAUUUGACUAUUUUGAUGUUUUACUACUGACACCUCUGAACUAUGAAAGAAUUCUCUUGCUAACGUUCAUUUCAAUGUUCAGAAAAGUUGCUUCUUCCUCCUGUACAGCAUUCCUCAAAGAGCAAAUAGCUGAAUUUCCACAUAGAACAGGUAAAGAGUUACCACCUGCACACAGUAGCCCGACACAUAUAGAAGAUUAAUGGGUUUUGCUGACAACAAAAGGGAAUUUGGAAAACCUUUGGCCUUGACAUCGCAACUCCUAACUUGCAGGAGAAUUCUUCACUGAUGUAAGUAGUCUUAUCUACCUCGGCUCCUCUGUAAUGGUUUGCUGUGCCUCUGCCACAGAGGUAACCUUUACACAAUAAUCAGGACUUCAAGGCGAAUCACUCUCAGCAUCUCGUUUACAGGAACUAUUUCUUCCCUGGGCAGUCUGAUGUCUACCCUCAGCCUGAUCAGCCCGUUUUCAAACACCCCAGAACACCUGCCUUCACUUCCUACCCUGCAAAUAUCCAUUUAUCAAACAAGCUACCCUGGGAAAACCCAGCACAGGUCCUUCUGCUGGGGUGAGACUAAGAGCAGCCUACAAUUUUUAAAAAGGAAACUACAUUGAGUAUAUUCCUCUGUCCUUGGUUGGACUAUUAAUGAACCCCACCAGUAUUAACACCUUCAGGAAAAGGUUUCAGCUCUGGUCUAGCAAAUGAUGAUCAAGAUUUUCCCAGGCACUCUAGGAGAGCUUUCUCUUGACCCUCUUCCCACUGGACUCCCGCUCCCCAUUCCCACAGCUGUGUUCAGAUCAGGCGCGGCUGGUGCAGUCCGGUGCUCUGCAAGAGCGACUUUGCCCCCAGAAACGCAGCCGCACGCCGAAAUCGUCCUGGGGCACCCGGCAGGAAAGUCCCUCACUGCGUCCACUCCCGACCCCGGCGACUGCCCCGGCGAGCGGGCGAGUGCCCCGGGCGAGCAUCGCUCCGCAUCCCGCUCUCCGUAUCCCGCUCUCCGUAGCCGGCGCAUGGCGCGCCCGCUCAUCCGUACCCCAGCCGGCGUGUGCUGUGGGGGGAUUCCGGCACAGCCUCGUCGCGGCUCUCCUGGCAGCCUCGCUCCUCCAGCGAGCGGCCGUAGGACGGGUGUGAGCUGCCUCCCGCCGCGGCCUUGCAGCCCGGGCGGCCCGAGGGCGGGGGACGGAGGGCACAUACGGAUUUCCCGGCUGGAGCCAGGGCUCCGCCGGUCCCCUCCGAGCCCUGGUCCCCGGCCGGGAGCGCUGCACCUCCGUCAGCGGCGACGCAAAAGCAAGCGUCGCCUUUUAUUUCCAGCCGCCGGUGAUUCCUUCCUCUCCUUGCAACAACUAGUCAGCUUUAAUGAGCUUCUGCUUCCCCCUCGAUGCAAACCUAAGUCUAUUUUAAUGAAUCCCUGGUCCUAGAGGUCCGAAGCUUGCAAA